GUUCGAAGUGUACCUUUACCAGUGUUACGUGGGUUAACGAGGUGCAAUCGUGUGAAUGGUGUCCCCUGAGGUAGAAGCCUAAAAUUUAGUCGAAAUGAAACUGAAAACUGUUACGUUAUUGUUUGUGGCCAGCUAUGUGUUCGUUACCGCAGGAUCUACGUUUAGUAAAAGGAAAAAUGUGAAAAACGAUAAUGCAAUGGACGUUGAAGAUUUCUCAGUUUACUACGACAUCGAUACGAAUCAGACGAUAAGGGACUUAAUGCCUCGGCCCUGGUAUAAACCAGGCUGGCUUCUUCGACUUCCAUUCACGGGAGGCAAGUGCAAAUGUGAUGGUCUGCAAUGUGCGUGCUGCACAGGAAUACGAAUAAACGCCUUCAAUUUUGAUCGGAAAACAUGUGCGCUUUUGACCUACGAACCGACAGAAUCAACAAUUGAUUUAGAAGUAAAAAUGAACAACGACAGCGUUUAUAGAAAUACUUUUUCAGCUCGCAACCCGCCUCCAUUUUGCGUGCCUAUCCCAGUUCCGUAUCUGCCACCGGGUCUGGUAGAUCUCUGUAUACGUCUGUUCGACAUUACGGUUGUUCAGCAGAAGCUGCAUGUUUGCAUGGACAUGGAUACAAGAGUCGACAAAGCUCCUGUUUUGAUCUUACACUUCGAUUGUAUGGACAUGGGAUUUAAUGGAAUCAGCUUAUCAAAGCCAGGUAACCAGCCGCAAUCGGAAUCUACUACGGCAGAAUUGAUCCAACAGGAUAGCGACAUAUUUGAUUCAGUUACUGAAAUAUCGUUACCAAAUACGCCAAUGUUUAACAACAGUAUUAAAUAUAUUUAA